AUGGUUAAAUCAAGUACGCCUAUUUGGGUUUUAUUGUUUUCUUUUUUAUUUGGCUUUGAGAAGCCUCGGUUAUUGUUGAUUGCCAUUAUUGUUGUUAUGGUAGCAGGUGUCAUUUUGACUGUAGAAGGAGAGACCAAGUUUGAUGCUUUGGGAUUCUCGCUUGUGCUGACUGCUUCUAUUGUAUCUGGCUUGCGCUGGAGUAUGACACAACUACUAUUGCAACAUGAAAACAUUGGUAUCAGCAACCCAAUAGCCACAUUAUAUUAUCUUAGUCCAGUAAUGUUUGUGACUAUGUUGACCUUGAGCUUGAUGUUUGAGCAUCCAUUAGGACAAUUUCAACACUCAAAGCAUUUCGAUACCAUUUCUCAUGUGAUUGAGUCCUUAGGAUUGAUGUCUAUUGGUGGUUUCUUAGCCUUUGCAAUGACAUUAGCAGAGCUAUAUUUAAUCAAGAACACAAAUACAGUGACUCUAAGUGUGGCAGGCAUCAGUAAAGAAAUUGUGGUCAUUAUGCUUUCUGUUAUGAUUUAUGGUGAUGUAUUGACACCCAAAAAUCUGUUAGGUCUGCUUGUUUCAAUUGUUGGUAUUAUUGCUUACAAUUACUACAAACUAUCAAAGGACAACACAGACACAUCUCAAUACCAAAUGAUUCCCAUGCAUUCAACUAAUUCAGCAUCAACAACAAGAAAUCUUAGAGAUUAA